UGGUCUACGAGGCAGCAGCAGCAGCUCCUCCAUAAAGCUCCAUUUAUAGCGUUUCGGUAUCGCCGGGCAACAACAAGUUUCGGGCUGCAUGACAAAAGACUUUGCGAAUCUCUGCUCCGUCCGGCCGAGUGUUUUUUGUGUUGAGUGGGUAAUUGGCCAAACAACAAUAGAAACCGGCAACAAAAGACGGCCGCCCCAGAGUGGAUUUAAUUGUGCACAAACAAAAUAAAAGAAAACGUCUACGGAGUCGAAAGAAACUCAUCCAACUGGCGUGGCAGUCCGUGGAAAACGAUUCGAAGUGUAUAAUUUCCACGAGGCGUUUUCUUUCCCCUACCCCUCCACUCAACUUAAUUUGGAAUUGAACCGGUAGAAGGAAAGAUGUCGGCCCUAAGCAAAACCUCCAUUGCCCUGAUGCGGCGCUCCACUUACUCGGCCUCCGCCACCACGACGAUGCUGCCGCAUGCGGGCACUGGUGCGACUACGAGCGUGGAGGGGGCUGCUCCACCCACUGGCGUGGGGGUGGCAACGGAAAUUGAAAAAUCCAUUGCAAGGCAGCGACUGCGACCGGGGCACUCGGAGUCGCCGGCAAAUCAGAAGAAAUUAAAUGUCAGUCACAUGGCAGCCACUGCAGCAGCAGCAGCAACGGAUGCAGCGACAGCAGCCAGAACCGCAUCCUCGACGGCCGGAGUGCGCCCCUACUCGGAGGUGCCUGGUCCAUAUCCUUUACCCCUGAUAGGCAACUCCUGGCGCUUCGCCCCACUAAUUGGAACGUACAAGAUAAGCGAGCUGGACAAGGUUAUGAAUGAGCUGCAUGUCAACUACGGCAAAAUGGCCAAAGUGGGUGGCCUUAUUGGUCAUCCGGAUCUGCUGUUCGUCUUCGACGGCGAUGAGAUACGGAAUAUAUUCAAGAAGGAGGAGGCCAUGCCACACCGACCCUCGAUGCCCUCGCUGCGCCACUACAAGGGCGACCUGCGACGCGAUUUCUUUGGCGAUGUGGCCGGCCUAAUUGGCGUCCACGGACCCAAGUGGGAGGCCUUCAGGCAGGAGGUGCAACACAUCCUGCUGCAGCCGCAAACGGCCAAGAAGUACAUUCCGCCGCUGAACGACAUUGCCAGCGAAUUUAUGGGCCGCAUUGAGGCGAUGCGCGACGAAAAGGACGAGCUGCCAUCCAAUUUCCUGCACGAGCUCUACAAAUGGGCCCUGGAAUCUGUCGGACGCGUCUCGCUGGACACGCGCCUGGGCUGUCUCUCGCCGGAGGGCAGCGAGGAGGCCCAACAGAUUAUCGAUGCCAUCAACACGUUCUUCUGGGCGGUGCCAGAGCUGGAGCUGCGAAUGCCUCUGUGGCGCAUCUACCCUACGAAGGCCUACCGCAGCUUUGUCCGGGCACUCGAUCAGUUCACCGCAAUCUGCAUGAAGAACAUCGACCAGACAAUGGACAAGGCUACGGCAGAUGAGGCCAAGGCCCUGCCCAAAUCCGAGGCGGACAUUUCCAUUGUGGAGAGAAUUGUGCGGAAGACGGGCAACCGCAAGCUGGCCGCUAUCUUGGCUCUGGAUCUGUUCCUGGUUGGGGUCGACACGACAUCGGUGGCCGCAUCUUCGACCAUCUACCAGCUGGCCAAGAAUCCCGACAAGCAGAAGCGCCUCUUCGAGGAGCUGCAAAAGCUGUUCCCGAAUCGCGAGGCCGAGAUCAACCAGAACGUCCUCGAGCAGAUGCCCUAUCUGCGGGCCUGUGUGAAGGAGACGCUGCGCAUGCGCCCCGUGGUGAUUGCGAAUGGUCGCAGCCUCCAGUCUGACGCGGUCAUCAACGGCUAUCACGUGCCCAAGGGCACGCACGUAAUCUUCCCCCAUCUGGUGGUGUCAAAUGAUCCCGCAUAUUUCCCAGAACCCAAGCGCUUCCUGCCCGAGCGUUGGCUCAAACAAACCGCUGCUGCGGCAGUUGGAUGCCCCCACGCCAGCCACAAGAUUCAUCCGUUUGUCAGCCUGCCCUUCGGCUUUGGUCGUCGCAUGUGCGUGGGCCGUCGCUUCGCUGAAAUUGAAUUGCACACGUUGCUGGCUAAGAUCUUCCGCAAAUACAAGGUCUCGUACAGUUCCGGGGAAUUUGUGUAUCGCGUCAAUUCCACGUACAUUCCGCAGUCCCCGCUGAAUUUCAAGCUAACUCUGCGGGAGGACUAAGCCGGACACGGCACGGAUAUGCCAGAGAGAGAGAGAGAGAGAGAAAGAGCGAACCCCUCUCUCGGGGUCUGUGUCACACGGCGGAUGGGUGAUACUUAUAGUCGAGGCGCUGCAGCCGCGCUGCUCCGACGUUUUUGUUUAAUUAAGCAAAUGUACAUAAAGCCAACACUCCCAACAUUCUUGAAGCAUUACCACAACCUCAUAUCUUGGCGUCUGCGUGUAGCUCCAUAAAUCGUGUAAAUAUAAGUUUAAGGAUAAGUAUAAAUAUAAAUAUGUAUAUAUGGCCCGACUACUAUUGGUCUAAUAUUAAAACAACAUAAUGUACGAGUAUUUUUGAUGGUUA